AAUCGUUUUAUGUAAAGACUACAAUGUAUAUAUAUAAUAUAUUAAACAUUCUCAUGGGAACCUCUACAGCGGCUAAUUAUGCGGCUGUGACUCCGGACGGGCGCUAUAUACUUGCCGUUGGCGACUGCGCGAUCGGAGAAUUUUAUGAUGCUUGCCUUUUUCAAAAAGUUGGUCGCGUGCAAGUGUGCAAGAACGCGGCCUUCUCCUGUUGCUGGGAUCACACUUCGACAAAGUUUGCCGUUGCCUGCCAGGACGGUUUUUUGUCCGUUUGGGAUUUCCGGAAGUACGACGUUCCUAUGAAAACUUUUGAGUCGGAGCAGUCUUUCGAAAGAGGGGCUUUCAGGAGCGUGAAAUUUUCUCCCUCGGGAUUAGCUGAUUUAUUAUUUUUUUCUGAGCACGAGAGUUUAGCCCACGUGGUCGAUGCGAGGACUUUAAACUAUAAGCAAACUUUGCGUACUGACGAAGAGUCUUCUUAUAAUGUCAAUAUUGCUGGUAUUUGUUUCUCCCCAAACUGCGAAAGUCUCUUUAUUGCGACUGAAAAGUGCACUUAUGAAUACGUUGUUGACUUAACUCUCCGAAGAAGGUUUCCAAUUGGAGAAUAUAACUAAUCAACAGAGUCAGAACUGCUUUUACUAAAAUAU